AUGCUUUCUCUUACAAAGAAUGCCUCAAGGCAGGCUUCACGCCCCCUGACACGAUCAUUGGCUCAAGUCGUCAACUUGAAGCAAUCUAACGUGGCCGGUCCCUCGAGACGCAGAAAGAAGGAACCUGCCCCACCACCUCCGAAAGAAAAUUCAUUCGUCAAGGUUGCCGUUCGCGAAGACCAUGGCUUAUACGGUUUCUUUAGGAGACAGCCUAAUUCAGAUAAUUUGACUGGAGAGGAAAGAUACGAAGUGUUCGAAACACCAGAGAACGGCCAACUGCUUUCGGGGCGUGCUUGGGAAGCUUCUGAGCUGCGAAACAAAAGCUUCAAGGACUUGCAUACCCUGUGGUACGUUUGCCUGCGCGAAAAGAAUCUAUUGGCCACGCAAAAAGAAGAGGUACGGAGGAUGGGGGUCAGCCAUGUCGACUUACAGGUCCCAAUGGCUAAAGUGCGACACUGUCGUAAAACAAUGGCACGAAUUAAACUGGUGUUAAACGAACGACGACUAGCUUACGAAGGAGCUCGUGCAAUAGCCGAGAAGGACCACGCACAUGCUGUUGAAGUCGCGAAGGCCAUCGAAGCGGAUAAACUGCAGUACGAUGAAGAGGAUCUCAAAGUCGUGCAGUAUCGGUCACAACCAAAACUCUAA